GACGGAUCAUUCCUGGGUUCCGGCUCCGGCUCCGGCUCUUUCCCCCGCCUACAGAGGCGGCGCUGUCCCUGACCGAGCGGCGGGAGCGAGGGUUCAGAGAUGGGCAGUGAGAAGGAGCAGAGUCCAGAACCACACCUGCCUGAGGAAGGGGAAGGGGGUAAGUUUUGGAGAGUGGAUGACUCAGAGGGUUCUUGGAUCCCACCUGGGGAGAAAGUACAUGGACAAGAGAGCCUAUUGGAUGAACUGCAAGAAACUCAUCCAAAAAAGCCAUGGCAGAAAGUCACUGUUCCGGCUCGAGAGCCAGGGGACACCCUUGUUCAUCAUGAGGCAGAUGAGAAGCCCUUUGUAUGUGCCCAGUGUGGCAAAACCUUCAAUAAUACCUCCAACCUGAGAACACACCAGCGGAUCCAUACUGGUGAGAAGCCUUACAAGUGUUCUGAAUGUGGCAAGAGCUUCUCAAGAAGCUCCAACCGCAUCCGUCAUGAGCGGAUCCACCUGGAAGAGAAACACUACAAAUGCCCCAAGUGUCAGGAGAGCUUUCGGCGGCGCUCAGACCUUACUACACACCAGCAAGAUCACCUAGGCAAACGGCCAUACCGCUGUGACAUCUGUGGCAAGAGCUUCAGCCAGAGUGCCACGCUAGCUGUGCAUCACCGGACCCACCUGGAGCCAGCACCCUACAUCUGCUGUGAGUGUGGGAAGAGCUUCAGCAACAGCUCCAGCUUUGGUGUGCAUCACCGCACCCACACAGGUGAGAGACCUUAUGAGUGCGCUGAGUGUGGGCGGACCUUCAGCGAUAUCUCCAACUUUGGAGCACACCAGAGGACCCACAGAGGGGAGAAGCCCUACCGAUGCACUGCAUGUGGGAAACACUUCUCCCGGAGCUCGAAUCUCAUCCGCCACCAGAAAACUCACUUGGGUGAGCAGGCUGGGAAAGAUUCCAGCUGAAGGAAGGCCCCAUUUAGAGUGAGGGAGAGAGAGCAAGAGACCCCAACCUAGUGAAGGAAGAUCUUUAGCAUUUGCUGCUGCUACUUUGACCUCAAGCCCUUCAUCCCACUUUGGAGAAUGGUUUUAUAUUGCUUCUGAAGCCAGGAUCUCAGGAAAUCCUGAGAAAGGACUCUGGAGUAAAAACCCUUGCCUCUUUCUAAGUGGAUGAGGCAGUUUCUCUUGUUGGAAAGUCAGAGGACCCAGUCUUGGCUUCACUUACUUGGGGUGAAAGAGAAAUAGGGCAGGCUCAGAACAUGCUCAUGUCAUUAAGCCAGCAGUCCCUUGGCCUUUGAGGAAGUACCUGUGAGAUGGGUGUCACUGUCUGAAAGUUCUCUAUAUUAUAGUUGGUGAACUGUUUAGGUAGGAGUGCACUGCAGUGUCCUGCUAGUCCCACCUGCUGUGCCCCAGCUUUGCUUCUAGAUCUCUGGGCUGGGAGGAGUGGCCUUCUCAAUGGAAGGGGCCUCCUUGGUCUAGAGAAAAGAUCUGAGGUCCUGCCUUAGAAAUAAAAGGGAAACCCUCAGGGAGCCAUGAUCCAGGGACCUUCACAAUCUCCCAUGUUUGUUACUUGUUAUCCCUCCCCCAACCUGCCUCUGUUUUCCCCAGAGUGAUUAGCAGUAAAACCCUUCAAUGAAAA